CCGAGCGACGCGAUGCCCGGGAUGCACGGGGGCAUCGCCGGCGCUGUCGUUCAAGAGAGCAAUGACUACAAGUACCCGCCCACGCCCCGGACGCCCGCGGAGGACACCCCCGCGGCGCGGUUCAAGCGCCUGCCGAAGGACGACGUCCUCUUCCUCGAGCGCCUCUUCAGCGAGUUCGACGUCGACGAGUCCGGCGGCCUCGGCCGCGAGCAGACCGGCGCGCUCAUCCGUAGACUGAACGACGGCGUCGCGCCCACGGACGAGGAGCUGGACGACGUCAUGCGCGAGGCGGCGGGGGACGACGGGAUCGUGUUCGUGGACGAGCUCGCGGACGUGCUCAAGAGCUGGCAUCGGAAGGUGGAGGCGAAGCGCGUCGCGAGGGAGGGGAAGAAGCCGCAGAAGAGCGACGGGGCGGUGGGGUCGUGCGCGAUCAGCUGA